AUGACGUCACAGCUCGCCUCACAGCUGCAGCGGCUGCAGCAGCGCCCGGAUGAGAGCCAGCACCGGCUCGCCAAGUCGUUUCUCUUCAGCACGCAGGACGCGCAGAGCUUCUCUCGGGAGCAAAUUCAUCAGCUGGCGUUGAACGGCCUGCAAGCGCUGACAGCGAUGGACAAUCGCUUCCACCCGUUCAUCCAGGACCUCUUCGAGCUGAAGCGUGUGCGCCAAGAGCGUUCGAUGCUGACGGCAGCGGAGGACUCCACGCUGCGCGUCCGCCUCGAGCACUUUCUCACGCUCCUCAGUCCCCAUCUCUUUCUUACUGCGGCGCAGCAGGUGUUCGAGUUCCUGGUGCGUGCUUACGAGGUGCACAUCUACGACGUCGCAGCCGUGCUGCGCGCCUUCCUGCCGUACCACGACCACAACAUCUUCGCCCGCGCACUGCUACUGCUCGACUUGCGUGACACGGGCUUCGACUUCCUCGCCACAAACCAGCUGCGUGGUGCACCGCUACUGCGGGAGCACCUCGUGCUUGCAUGUGCCGAGAGUCGCAAAGCCGCCAGGCUAGUCGGCCUCACGGUCGCCAUGCCGUUCCGGUACGAGAUCCGCCAUCAUGCCGCCAACGCCCUCUUCGCCAGCGUUGUGACGCAGCUGACGACGCACAAGGACGCUGAGGCGCUCUGGCGCACGUUUCUUCCGUUUGUGCUGGAGCUGCUCUCUGGCGCCGUUUCGGGCGCAGAGGCCGGCACCGAGGAGUCGAAGCGUGCACGCCAGAGCGACAACGCACGCGGCGGGAGCAGCCGCAUAUCGACGGAGUCUGUGGCCACUGCCCUCGUCGUGCUGGCUGCCUGGUCGGCCCACGUCCGGUUCUCUAAAGCCAUGCUGAUCACCAUGCUGAAGCCGAUCUUUCGCUACAUCACGGCAGCAGCCUUCGCAGCGACCGGCGAGGGUCAUCAUGGCGCUGGCGUAUCCUACCUGCCGUUGCGCGACCUGCUUGCUCUGCUGGAGGUCGUGCUAGCGACACAGCACCACGCGCUCUCUGACGUCUCCGUGGCGCCGCUCCUUCAGACGCUCCUGACGCUACCGUGGCGCACCUUAGCUUCGCAGCUCCCAUUUGCGGAGACGACGGUGACGGUGGCAGGCCCCAACGGUGCACCGACAACCUCGCCGCGCCACAGCGCUCUUCUGGCCACGCUGCUGCAGACUGCGCUGGAUCGCCUGAGUAGCGUCUCGGAGGCGCGCCUGCUGCCCUCUGACGUCGUCGAAUUCCUGACAUGCGCGGCGGAGGACUUGCCUCUCUCCAACUACAUGGUUACGCGCUACCUGCGCGUACUCAUGACCGCAGAGGCUGGCGCAAGCCCGGCAGGCGCCGCGGGUGACACAUCGGCACGGGCGGCGGAGGGGGCGAGCAGCCAAUCGCUGUACUACCGUCUGGCAGUGGCGCUGGAGCGGCGCUACGCCAUCGUCUUCGACGGCGUGCUAUCGGAAGUACUUCUGCACCCCGAGACGACGGCGGCGGCUACCGCGUUUCUCGCCCGUCACUUCCGCGGCACUCGGUACGGCAUGGUCGAGGUGGGAAGCACGCUCUCCGGGGCUACCGAGACACUCCCUUUGUUCGCCUGCCUGCUCCACCCCGUGCCGGAAGUGCGCGCGCUGGCUGCCAAGACGCUUCAGGGUAUGUCCACGGGGCAGUUGAUGAGUGACGCCAGCACGACCAGCGGCAGUGGUCAGUCCCUCGUCGAUCUGCUGGCGCAUGUCAUCUCUUACGAGCACGACUGCACUGCGGCAGAGGCUUUUGUGGCCACCGCUGCUGCGGUGAUGGAGCGGCUGGCCGCUCAGUGGUCCGGUGAGAAGUCAAUGGGGCGCGACGAGCUUGGCUGCAGUGCUGCGUGUCAACUGGUGCGCUCCGUCUACUCCAUGGUGCUGGCGUGGUCGCCUUUGGUGGCCUCCGCCGCGCCGGCAAGCGUGGCAACACGGACUGAGGCGCAGCGCCGCGUGGUGCUGCCGCUCGUGACCACUCUCCUGCGGCCGGCUCUACUGACAUGGACGAGAGGUGCCAGUGCCAUGACGUCGGCUGCUCAGGACUUUCGCACAUCAGUGCUCUACCAUGCGACUCUCCUGUACGCACAGUGGGCGGGGACACCCUCAGCAGUCAUGCAGACACGAGGCGAAGAUAUCGCGCUGGCUGCGCAGGUGGCGAGCGAGCUGGUGGCGACGUUGGAGGCCGGCUGCGGAGGCCCAGACACUCUCGCCUCGCUUUCCCGCGCCCGCUCCACAUCCGACAAGGAACAGGAUAAGAAGACUGCGAGAAACGGCUGUAGUGGCGGGACGGAGCGACAGCGGGUUGGCCGCCGCUGUAUCGCCACAGCCAAGUCCGACUCCGACGACGACAAGGAACAACAGCAAGCGCAGGCAGGCAGCAGUGGCCGCAAUGACUGCAUCGCGACCGGCGCGCGCAUUGCGUGCUUCACCGACCUCAUUCAGUGUGAUGCCUUGCUUGACGCCAUCCGCACCGAGGCACAGCGGCGCCUGCCCGAUGCCUUCGCUGCCGCGCGCACGGCGGUGCGUGAGGCCGCUACAGACCUCUCCAGCGCUGCAUCCUGUGAGCUGGAGGUUACCGUUGCUCUCGCCGCCGCGAUGCUGCCCGCGAUCGGAACAGAAGUGCCCGCCAACGUGCUCGAGACGGUGUCUGCUGUCGUGACUUUCCUGCAUGGCGGCGAUGCGGCAAACGAUGCCGCAGCCUCUGAGAUUGCCAUGGUCAGCAGUGCCACCUUUGCUGCAGCCGCCGGGGGGUAUCUAGACAUGGUUUACGCGACUUUGCUGGACAGCAGCAGCGGACGACGCGUUGCUCAGGUGGGCCGUGGAACAGUGGACGCCGCCGCUGCAGCUCGUGAGCAGCUGUACGAAGUUCCUUUUGUUGCAAGGGUUGGGGCCGUGCUGCGUGCGGCGCUCACGCGGGUGCUAGCGCGUGCGGCUACGGCGGCCGCUGCUUCCAUGAGCCCGUGGGCGUCGCUCGUGCUGCAGAUUUGCCAAGGCCUCGGUUUUGUCGGCGCUGCGCUGCCGAGUAUCGCGGCGCAGCCAGACGUCUUGGCACCAGCGUAUCUCGAGCUAGUCAGCAGCAUGACUGCCGUGACAACGACCGCGGAGGCGACAAGCGGCGCCGCCGCUGCGCUGCGCCAGGUUGACUGGUACGCGCUUGUAGCUGACGCCGUGUUUGGUUCAGCAGAGCAGAAUGAGGUGAACGACGCCCCGUAUGCGAAACAGAUGACCCUCGCCGCCCUUGCGCUUGUGCUCUUCCUCCCGCUCCGCGCCCCCUCUACGCAACGCCGGACGCAGCUGCGCGCGCUGCAGGAUGCAGUGGUCACGGCCGGCGCACAGCAGGGCAGUACCCGCGGAGGCGCGAACGGACUAACGGGAGAGCAAGUGAUUCUUGCCGCCGCUAUGCAGCUGCAGCAAGGCACCUCCUCGUCCACAUCGUCGUCGGCGUGCUCCGUGACGACACUGAGCUGCCUGAUCGAGUGCAUGGCUGUGGAGGAGCGCCAGUAUCAGCUGACCCCCAGCGCUGCUGCACUUGUCUGCUCGCUGCUGAAUAUGCAGUAUGGCACUGAGGGCGGUGCGCAGGCGUACGUUGUGCCGGUUGGAUGGGCGCACCGCGUCAUUCGGUACUUCUUCCGCAGCCACAGCAGUCACGGCGGCGAGCGUGUGCGUGCUGGCUCUUCCGCUGCGGCGUUGUCGCCUGUUGGAAUUACACCACAGCAGGUGUGCCUGAUCGAGGGUAUGCUGCCGCGUGUUGAGGGAAUUCUCGCCAACAUCGGGAACGUCGACGCAUCUUCGUCCUCGUCCUCGACUCACACCGUGACCGCGGAUGCAGCCGACUUGGUCGACGCUGUUUGCAGCCGUCUGCACCUCUGGGGAGGGGCGAGCGCGAAGGAAGACACCGUCGCCGGCAAUGCUUCCGUACGGCUGGUUGAGCUGCUUCUGAAGCAUCCGUACAUGCACGUGCAACACGGCGGCGGUGCUCGCCCCGUGUACCGCUACGCGCUGGCAGCCCUGACUGUCGGGCUGAGCUACGGUUUGGAGGACCGCCAGUCGACGCAGUCGACCAUCUUCAAGUCGAGGAAGUCGGCCUUCACGGCAGCGUCUCGCAAGGGCGAAUACGCAUUGUCGGCCGAGUACCAGCGACUGGUAGCGGCGCGGCUGCAGCCGGUAGUGCUGCAUGCGAUAGACGUCAUUGGCACGGAUGUGGCCCUGGCGUGCAUGGGAACGCUGGGCGGGUACGAGUAUUUCUUUCUGCCUCUCGUUGCCUCUGUUGAGAGCGCGACGGCUUCCGCUGGUGGGCGUCAGCCUGCGACAUCGAAGUCAAAGGCCGCCCGUGGCCGCCCAUCGCAGGCGAUAAGCACUGACCGUGAGACCGAAAGUGAAGCUGUUGCUGUGCUGCUAAAGCGUGUGCACGAGAUGCUUGAGACCCUGGCGCCGUCGACCGUCACGGCCGCUGACGAGACGCCGUCGGCGCAGCACAAUGGAGUAACCGAGCGCGCGGCGGAGGGGGAGGAUGGCGGGGCAUCCGCGUCGGAGGCGCGCUGGCGACCGCCGGCGUCGGCAGCCGUCGCACACCCGCUAACUUUCGCAGACGCACAGCGUGUGCUGCGUCUGCCGUCUGUGUGCGCCGCUGCUGCAGGGGGCACCGGUAAAUGGCCUCUCGGCGUGCUGAGCCACGAGAGCCUGCGCCUCCUCCGCACACUGCUUCGCGUGCUGCCCACUGUCGCCAUGGAUGAGGAGGAGGACGGCGAGAGCGUCUAUGCGUUAGUGAUGGAGUGCGUGGAGUUGUACCCGCUUCAAGGAAUGGAGAUGCUGCUGCGUCACGCGGCUUCCUCGGCCGCCUCAGAUGAUGUGGCGAUGCUGCCGCGCAUCCAGCAGCUGCGUCUCGGUGCUCGCGGCUCGUUGCACGUUGAAGGGGUGCUGCGGUUUGUGGAAACCCUCGUGCACGUGUGCACGGAUCAGACACGGCUGCUGUCGGAGAAGGUGGAGGACGGCCCCCAUCGCAUCAAGAGCCUGCUGCUGCGAGAGAUGAUGGUGCUGAUGGCGCGCAUACUCGUAGAUGACCACACGGAGGGCGACGGCGCUGAGAAGGAUGAGGAGGCAUCUGCCGCUUCUCCGAGACGUGAGGGGGUGGAUACCGACGCGGCAGAGCGCCGCCAAAGCGAGCUGCACUUUCAUGUGGACACGAUUGCCGGUCUCCUGCGGGCGACAGCACCGCUUUUGAAGGUGCCGACCGCUGCCGCUGCCGCGGCAGUGACUGCCCGCACGAGCAUGGUGGAAAGCAGCACAUACCUGCACAUCCCGCUCGUCUCUCUCCUCACAAAGCUGGAGCCGUUCGACAACAAGGAGGCGCUCGGCUUCCGAAGCGCGCGCGAAGUAUGCCAGGAAAUCCUGUCGAGCUUUGACAUACGCACGCAGGUGGAGUGCCUGGGGCAGCUAAUGCGCCUUGUUGCCGACCCGGCGGCGCAGCUCAGCUCCAGCGCCAACGCGGAGGAGGACGGCGAGGAGCAGCAGCGAGUGCAGCACCUCUUCCGGCGCAUGGUGAAGCCGAAUCAGGUCAUCAACCGCCAGGAGGCGAUCAUGCAUCUCGUCAAUUUGACGGUGAAGUCUGACCUCUUCCUCGAGCCGUUCCUCGCCUUGCAGCGUCACGCCCGCGCCAGCCAACCGAGCCGCGCUGCAGAGAGGCGACGCCGGCAGCAGCAGCAGCGCGGCAAAGGGAGCACCGGGGCCGACAGGGCGGAUGGGAAGGAGAGCGACGCCGACGAGGAGGGUGAGGAGCAGGCUGAAGGCAAGGUGCAGCGCGAGGACGGUGGCUGCAUGGAGCUGCUCGUGAGUGCGCUGGAGCUCUUUGCGCACUACCACGACCUGCACGAGACGACGCGCAGCGGCGCUGCAUCGGAGUCAGCGGAUGCGGAUGCGGAGGCGGAGGCGUACGCCUCCUUGCUGGAGCUGCUUGCAGGCAACACACUCGCGUGUGUCCUGGCCGGCAUCAACGAGCCGACUUUUGUGGUUUGCCAGCAGCGCCUGCUCGAGGACGAGCGGGCAGCACUGCGCAAGAUUGGACUGGAGGUGCUGCUAGAUCGCCUGCACCACUCCUUGCCGACGCUGGAGAAUGUCGUGUCUGAUGAGGAAAUGGAGGCGCAUCGCCGGCGUCUGCGCGACCCGCGGCAGCGCCUCUCUCUAGUGGAUCUGGUGCGCAUCAAGGCCCGGCCUCUCACGACGAAGCGGUCGAUCCAGCUCUUCCCACUGCUGGUGGCGGAGAUCAAGUCCAGCCUGGCUCAGUUCCACGCGGCAGCGCAGUCCGCCAACGCCGCAGCCGAGCUGCUCACCACGGCGCAGCUCGGCAUCGCGGCAGUGGAGGAGCUCAUCCGCAUUGUCAGCAGCGGUGGCAGCCUGCAGUCGGAGAAGACGUUGCUCAACGCCAACCGCAGCAAGCGUGUGACGGAGGCGGCCCUUGUGAAGCUGUUCGGCAACCGUAGCCGCGUCGCCGCGGUUCACGAGCUGGUUGACCUAGCCUGCAAUACCUGGAUGCCGCUGCUGACACGCUGCGAAAUGCGACUGCGUUCUCGUCCAGAACAACCCGGCACGGACGGCGGUGCAUACCACUCGACUGCUGCGUCCUACUCGGGUGCUGAGGAGAACGUGCUGGGCUGCAUGACGUGCCUCGUCACGGCACUGGCGACGAUCACGCAGGUGAUGGGGACGGCCUUCGCAUCGACGCACUGCCUCCACCUUCUGCACACGCUCGUGUCCGCCGGCGUGUACCAGGUUUUGGAGAUGCCCGGCGUCGUGUCUCGCAGCGAGGCUGGGGCGCUUCUUCGCCACAGUACUCUGUCCUCGAUGAUUCGCUGCUUCCCUGCGUGCUGGCAGAUGGCUCAGCCGUACCUGUCCUCCAUGCUCUUCCUCUCAACGCACCUGAGGAAUGUGACAGACGCGGAGUCGCACUAUCUCUGCGCAGAGAUCCUGGCAGUGCUGGAGGCCGUGAUGGAGCCGCAGCUGCUGCUGGACGCCGGCAGAACGUGUCUGCAGGGCCUCCCGUACCUUAACGGGGCUGUUGUUCCGGCAUCCGAGCAGCAUCGGCUGGCGAACCUCGCCGCCGAGGCAGACGCAUCUGCUAGCGAGCCCGGAAAGGCGAAGAAGGGCACCGUGCGUGUGCGGCAGAUCCGAGCACAGGUGCACACGCACUCCUUCGCCAUUCUCUUUACCUGCUUCGAGCGCCGUGUCGAGAACAUGAGCAAGGAGGAACUGCUGCACAUGCGGACACUCACGGAGGGUACGACCCCCCAGCAGAACUUCUGGCUGGCCGCUUUCCAGUCCCUCGCGAGUGCGCCGUCGGUUCCGUCGAGCGAGGCGGUGAUGCCAGUGCUACAGGCCUUCACUGUCUUCUUGCUAAAGUUCAAGGCGAAGCACAGCGUUCGGCUGCUGCGGAUUGUGGCGGACUGGGCCUUUGCGGAGUCGAGCGGUGGCGUGGCCGGAGCGUCGCGCAAGCACGCACCCGGCCCCGGUGACUCCGCCAACAACGCGGCUGAAGAGGAGCACAAUGGCCGCGGCCACGACGGCGCGGCGCAGUCGAUCUCGCGCGUGACGCUGCAGUCGUGGGUCGUCUUCUUCGCCCUCAGCAACCACCUGCUCGGUAAACUGGGCUCCAUUUUCGACUUCGCCUUCCCCAUCCUCCUCCCUCACGUCGUCACUGCCCUGCGCACGUACUGCGCAGCGACGGCAACGGCGUCCAAGGCGAUGGACUCGCUUGUGGCCUUGGCGCUGGAGGGCGCGCUGGAGUGCAUGCGCAACAUGGCGCUCGCUCAGACGCCAGGGCCCGAUCACGACUACAGCAUCCAGGCCGACGUCUAUUUCGCAAAGGCGGAUGUCUUCCCGAGUGUGAUGCCGGCGUUGGUGCAUCAGCUACACAACCUGCACUACCUGGCGGACAGCCAGCGUGACUACUGCUUCCGCGUAGAGCACAACGUCAUUCCGGCUAUCCGUGCCUUCAUGGCCUGCCUUGGAUCCAGCAAGCUGCAGAGCAGGACCCAGGCCGAGGUGGUGCGCGCCCUGCGUCACCCCAGCCGCCACGUACGGCGCGAGGCGCUCAUCUGUCUCGACGGCAUCUACGCCGACGGUGGUGACGAGCUGGCGUCGCGGCUCAUGGCGGAGAUGCUGCCAACCGUCGUCGAGCUCACCGAGGACCGCGACGACACUGUGGUUGAGGAGGCUCGUAAGCUCUGCAACAACCUCUCGCACAUGACCGGGCAGGACGUCCUCUACGCGAUGAGCUAA